AUUUAUUAGCCUUUAUUAUUUUUACCACUUUAAUGAAGGAUAAGAAAAAGAUAUUCUAAGAAUACUUUUUAAGCCUAUUCUUAGACGUCUUAGAGUAAUCUAUCGUUUUUAAAAAUCGCCCGCGGCUAAUGUAUAUAUAAAACACCAGUUUGAUACACUUUAAAAAUAAAUUAACAUGGAUCCGAGACAUAAGAAAAUAUUGCAGACAUCCUAUAUAAAACUUACUGAAGAACUAGGCCCAGGAAUCAACCAGGUUUGUGCUGAACUUCGAGCCAAAAAUAUCUUGACAAAUCGAAUGUAUGAGGAUAUUAUAGAGGGCAACAUUACUAAAAGUGCAAAAGCUGAAGCUCUCUUGAAUAUUCUUCCCACCAGAGGGCCUUAUGCCUUUGAAACUCUUUAUAAAGCUGCUUUACAAUUUGAACUAUACAAUGUAGCAGACAUUCUAAAACCUGAUAGAAGACCCCACUGGAGUGCGGAAGAAGCUACUAGUCCUGACCAAGAUACCUCAAAUAGUGAUUCUACUGGAGCUAUGCUUCAACCAGAGAGGGCAUCUGUUGCUGGCUCUGCAAUUGCUAAUGAUUCUACUAACACUUUGAGUCAGACAGAAAAUAAAUUGCCAGAAAAACAAGCUGAUCAAGUUAACACAAAAGAAUAUUCAGCCAAUGCCAGUUCAGAUAUCAGCCUGUCAGCAUUACCUCAAAAUAAUAAACCAGAAGUUGUUGAACCUCAAUCAAGAUUAGUCACUUCUUCAUCUUAUGCCGUGCCUAAAGACUGGGCAGAGAAAACUGUUGUAACUGUGACUGAUGCAAAUAUGCUAAAACUUUUUGAGGAAGCUCAAGCAGACAGUGCUAAAAUUUACAAGAUGCAGAAUAAGUGUCGAGGUCGGGCUAUCAUUUUUGAUAAUGAAUACUUUGAUAAAUUUAAACGAAGAAAUGGAACUGCUGUAGAUAAGAAAGCUAUGAAGAAACUAAUGGAAGAUCUUUCCUUUACUGUCAAGGUUUAUGAUAAUUUGAAGAGAGCUAAGCUUGUUACUGAACUUCAAUAUGAGCUUAACUUAGUCACAGACAACGAUGAAUGUUUUGUGGUGAUAUUUUUAUCUCAUGGCCAUGGAGGCUAUGUGUUUGGAACUGAUGGAAAAAUGGAAAAUGGCAUUCCUGUAAAUGCCAUAAGUGUACAGGAAAUCCGAGACAUGGUCUGCAAACAAGGAAAGCUUUUGAACAAACCAAAGCUGUUCUUUAUCCAAGCUUGUCGUGGAGGCAAAGAUGAUGUAGGAAUAGAAGUGGUGGAAGAAAAUUAUAAAGAAGCAAAAGCUGUGGCUGAAAGGUUGACAGAAAGUGAAACCUCUGAUGGGACUGUUCCAACUUAUGCUGAUUGUUUCAUAGCUCUUGCCACUACAGAGGAGUAUGUGGCAAUACGCAAUAUUAUAAAUGGCUCAUGGUUCAUACAAACUGUUGUGUAUGUGUUUAGCAAGUUUGCACACCAGUGUGAUAUCAAUACAUUGAUGACAAAGGUGAAUGAAUGCAUUGCAGACAAAGUUUCAUCCAAAAAAACAAAACAAAUGUCAGAAGUGACCCACACAUUAAGGAAAACCUUCUAUUUUUUCCCUGGUCUGCUUAGGCAAUCUACAAAAGAUCAAGGAAGAGAAACAACUUCAUAAUAAAUGGCAACUUUUAGAAAUUGUAAAGAUGUCUUUUUAUGUGAAAAAGUAAAAUAGAAACUGUAAAAGCAAUUAUUUUAUUUCCAAACAUAUUGAAUAGCUUUUAAAUUCACACACAAUUAUAAGCAAAUAUAAGUUUUACUGUAAAUUGAGUCUUCUGCAAAUUUUUACUUUUAUUUUUACACUUUUAUUUGUGAUAUUGAAAUAACAAAAUAUAAAUAAUGGUCCCUAGGCAGUUAGUUUUGAUAAUUUACACCCAUUUUCUGUGGUCAUUUCAAACUUUGUAACAAAAUAGUAACAUAGAAUGUCUAUGACAACUAGUAAGUCAUGUGGUCCUGCAAUCUACCCUCUGAACACCCGAGUUUUUAUGUUCUACCUAGGGGUCAUCCAUAAAUGACGUCACACUCGUAGGGGG